CGUUUGUCUCACUAGCUUCGGAUCAGGCGAAUCUUUCAGCCGAGACGUUCCCUAGGUACUUCCAAGUUUCUAGGUGGUAAGGUAAGGUAGUUCAUCACCAGCCUGUCUCUAACUUACCUGACCACACUCUCUCUACACACGAACCCAUGGCUUCAUCCAUCGACGACCUCUUCCGAAGACCCAAUCUCCCUCCCGCCUCCAACAAGCGCAAGUACGAGGCGUCUGACGCGCAGGAAGUCUACAAAUCCACAAAACUUACCAAAUCUUCUUCGCCAAAUGGCCACACCAAUGGCGCGUCCGUAAAGGACGGAAACGAAGAUGAUAACGAUGAUGAUGAGAUGGAAGCUGGGCCCGAGCUGCCUCCUGACGACGAUGAAGGCGACGAUGAGGAUGGAAAUUUCUUCGGCUCGGGCAUGACGCAGAGCGCAACAGAAGCAUUGGACUACAUCGAUCAGGCAGAUGGACCAGAAGAAGCUUUGCAAGAAGAGAAGAUUGAUUCGGUCUGGUUGAGGCGAUUGACCAACUCGUUUGAAAAGAAAGUCACGAGAAAUGCAGAGUUGAGGGCGAAAUAUGAAGGCGAUCCGGCAAAGUUCAUUGAUAGCGAAGCGGAUCUUGAUGCUGAGAUCAAGAGCUGGAGUCUGCUAGGUGAACAUCCGGAGCUCUAUGCAGAGUUUGCUGCUGAGGGAGGAGCUGCGGCAAGCUUGGUUGGGCUAUUAGCGCAUGAGAAUACAGAUAUCGCGAUUGGAGCUAUUCAGAUAUUGGCUGAGCUGCUAGACGAAGACGUGCAAGCCGAGCAGGAGCAGUGGGAUGCGCUGGUUGCUGCGCUACUGGAUGCGGAUCUACUGGAACUGCUUAUGAGCAAUCUGGGAAGACUGGAUGAGGAGAAUGAGAGCGAUCGGAGCGGUUUAUACCACAGUCUGGAAGUGCUGGAAAGCUUGGCUGGACAGCAGGCCAUAGCAGAGAAGAUUGGGCAGGAGAAGGUGCUGAUGUGGCUGUGCAAUCGCAUCAAGGUAGUUGAGAAGCCAGUAGGACAGAACAAGCAGUAUGCAGCGGAAGUGCUCCAGGUCUUACUGCAGUCCUCUCCUCUGCUGCGGAGGCGCUUGAUUGUGGACAUUGAUGGCGUUGAUCUUUUCCUUCAGCUGCUCGCGGCUUACCGGAAACGCGACCCAGCCAAGGAUACUCCGGAAGAAGAAUAUGUCGAGAACCUCUUCGAUGCUCUAACGUGCGCUGUAGACGAAGCGGAAGGGAAAACCAAGUUCGUAGAAGCAGAAGGAGUAGAGCUUUGCCUUAUCAUGCUGAAAGAAGGGACGAAGAACAUCACCCAGCGCGCUCUUCGAGUCUUGGACCAUGCCACAAACGGUCAAGGAAUUGCUCCCGCCAUGGUGUGCGAUAAGAUCGUGGAGGCUGCAGGUCUCAAACCGCUCUUUAGUGCCUACAUGAAGGGCAAAGACGCAGCUAACACCGAACACCUGCUUGGUAUCUUCUCCGCCUUACUGCGCCUUCUACCCGGUGAUUCCGCAGCACGGAUCCGUGUGCUAGCAAAGUUUACAGAGAAGGACAAUGAAAAGGUGAUGAAGCUGAUCAAGCUUCGCAAGGACUACGCUUCACGUGUUUCAAAGGUCGACAAAGAGAUCGCCCAAGAACAAAGGAGUUUGACGGAUGAGGAAAUGGAGGAGAGAAUUGACGACUGGUUCUCACGCCGACUUGAUGGAGGUCUGUUUUGUGUACAAAUGUGCGAUGUGAUCUUAGCUUGGCUCGUCGCGGAGGACCAGCAAAUCAGGGAGCUGAUGUUGCAGGAAUUCCAUGGUGGAUUUGGCAUGAUCAAGGCUUCUCUCGAUGAGCAGAUGAGGGGCCUUGGAGGUGGGAGUGAAGAGGAACAUGAUACGAGAGAGAUGCUGGAGACAUUGAUUGGUUUUCUGGAUGAGCAGAGGUAGGGCGAGGCACGUGAAAAGCGAAGCACCCUCAUCAGCCUUUGCAUCACUGGAGCCUCUCGCCGUCCGAACCGAAGUCUCCAGCUCCGAUUGUCUUGAAUAGCGCGCCUUUCCGUGCUGUUCUGCUAAAUUUGCCUUAUCAACGUGUAGUGCCUGCUAGCGGAUGGAGGUAUGCUUGCAUCGGUACCCGAAGCAGGUGAAAUGACCUAAUAUGGGAGACCAGAUAUAUGUACUUAAGGUAGCGAUGUGCUGAAGGGAUCUUGUGGCUUGCGCAAGUGAGCACUGUAUCUGUAUUUGUAUAGUGUCUUUAUCGCAGACGAGAGCAGGAAGUGAUGAUUGUGAGUGCAUGUGAAGGUGGUGCAAGUGGAGGCAGAGUGACCUCAAGCGAGGAGG